AAACUAUUUACCAGGUGACACGGAAAGUUUUACCGCUUUUGUAACAAAGUUAUGUUGUCUUAAAUUAGUGUAAUUAGUGUCAGCACCUGUAAUGCUGUGGGUUUAUCCAUAUCAAAAGAGGGGAAAGCUUCGUUCGAUAUUUUACGAGACUAAGGAGUGGAAUCAAUGGACAGGCUUACUUUGUCCAAAAUAGACGAAGAGCUGGAGUCAUCAGAGGUAGCUGCCCUGCGCUUUCUGUGCCUGGAUGUUGUCAACAGAAAACGACUGGAAACUGUCACAGAUGCUAAAGGGCUUUUUAUGAGGCUCCAGGAAAAGGGUCUCCUGGAAAAUUAUGGUUUCCUUUGUCAGCUGCUCCAAACCAUCGGCCGAAAUGAUCUUGUCAACAACUUCUUAAGGACAGGUUACAGUCAGUGUACAGAAGCAGAUGCUAAUCCUAUGCUGUCACAUUACAGGGUGAUGCUGUAUCAAAUAUACGAGGACAUUACUAAAGAAAACCUUGAGAAGAUGAAGUUUUUAUUAGAAGACAAGUUAGGCAAGGGACAAGCAGAGAAGUGUAAUACAGCCUUGGAUGUGUUUGCUGAAAUGGAAAAGAAAGGCCUACUGUCAAACACAAACUUGAAUGAACUUUUAAAUGUUUUACAUGAAGUAGAUGUCGAGAUAGCACAAAGACUACAGUCACAGUCCUACAUGAAUUACCAGAACACAUUACCUCACAGAAUUCAACCUAGUCUGUCAGUAACAGAGACUCAACCAAGCUCUGGCACUGGCAGUUGUGUUUUCUCUGACGCUGAUACAACAAAGUCCUUCUCUUCAGUUGAUGAAACGGAGUACUACCUUUUCACUCAUGAUCCCCGUGGUUUGUGUCUGGUCAUCAAUAAUGAGACAUUUUAUGGCAACCUUAAAAAUAGAGCUGGUAGUCACGAGGAUGCAAGAGCUCUCUAUGAAACAUUCACCUCUCUUGGUUUCCUGGUUGAUAUUCACAAAGAUCUAAGUAGUGUUCAAAUGACGGACUUAUUAAGAUCAACAGGCAUGAGGAACUUCUAUAAUGACGACGCCUUGGUGGUGUGUGUGCUGUCUCAUGGAGAAUAUGGCUGUGUAUAUGGUACAGAUGAGAAGACAGUUUCCCUUCGAGAAUUGACGCAGCCCUUCAAUAGCCACCAAGCACCUUCCCUGGCAGGAAAGCCCAAACUUUUCUUCAUUCAAGCUUGUCAGGGGAACAGGUACCAAACAGGAUCUCUGCCCUCUAUCCAAAAGUCAGAGGAUGUGAAAGAACCAAAAGGCUUGGAGGCAGAUGCAGGCCCAGUGCAAGGAGAGACGGUGCCCUCUGAUGCAGACUUUUUGCUCGGUAUGUCCACCGUGCCAGAGUGCAAGUCCUUCAGAAGCACCACUACAGGAUCCAUCUACAUCCAGGAGCUAUGCAAGCAAAUCAACACAUCUGCAAAGAGUGUGGAGAUGGAUGAUAUUCUCACUAUUUUAACAAGAGUAAACCGUAACGUCAGCAAAGGUGUUUAUUUGAAUUAUAAACAAAUGCCAGAACCCAAAUACACGCUCACUAAAAAAGUAGUUUUCAAGUGUCUGUGAGGGAAAAGUAUGGCCAGCUUCAUGAAAUCAUUACACUUUACCCCCAGUGCUCCACAGAAAAUAAGCCAAUUAUGUAUUUGAUGUGCUUUUUCUUUGUUAUUCUGCCUAAUAAAAGGCUAAAUGGUGUAACAUUCAA